ACAACUAAAAGUAACAACCUAGCAAUCCGACUUGCAAGAAAGAUUUUUGUCAUCACAAUACACAAUGUCGUCGAACAGCUCGGAGUCCCUAAACAAGAUGAAGUCUCUUGUGGGGAAGAUGAUCUUCAUGCAAGUCACCGAACAUCUUUUCCUAAGGGCGCAGCAGUUGCUGGAUUCUGAUGUCAGCAUAGAAGAACGUGUGCGCAGAAUGGAGGUCCUUAACAACAACAUGAAGUGGUUCAAUUCCGAGCGUACACGCAUCCUAGAGCAGUUGCAGCUGAAUAUAUUCGGUCAGAUUUCGGUGGAGCAUCAUAAUGCGAUGAAUAUGAGUGAGAAUCUGUAUGAGCUGCGCGAGGGACUAGACGGACUCAGCCGUAGGAUGGAAAGUAUGCAAGAGGACAUUACCUGUUCGAUUUGCCUCUCACCCUGGUCUUCCAAUGGCAGACAUCGAGUGGUCUCUCUCCGAUGUGGACACCUAUUCGGGAAUAGCUGCAUCAGAACUGCCAUCCGCAGAUCACAUCGGUGCCCGAUAUGCAGGCGUAGGGCUCUACACGCUGAUGUGCGCAGGAUAUUCAGUCGACGAAUAAGUCAUUAACACUGGAAACCACUGCGUUCUAGUUCAAUGUUUAUAUAUUCAAAACGUUUCAAUUACUUAUUGAACAAAUAGCUGCGAUUAAAAAUUAAACAGCAAAAGCGAUACUCGAAAUGAUCCAUAAAAAGAAAACGCCUUUCUAAGACUUGUUCAUCUUAUAGCUUGAAUGAAAUUAUAGUAUUUAUAUCCAC